CAGUGAUAUUGUAUUAAAAUUUGUUGAUAAAAAUAUUCUUAUUACAAAAUGUCAUCCAAAUGGAACGAGAAAUUAGUGAUUAAUUUUUUAAAAGAAUACGAGCAAUAUCCAUGCCUCUGGAACCCUUAUCAUAAGAAUUAUUAUAAUUGUUACGAGAAGAAUAAGGCAUUGCAAAAAAUAAUCGAUGACCUCAAUAUACCUGGCUUUACUGUAAUUGAUUAUUUGCACCAAAUCAAGAGUAUAAGAGAAAAGUAAUAUAUAAAAUGGAGCAAAUGAAGAUGAUUAAAACUCUACAACAAUCUCAACAAGAAUAUAAAUCACCAUUUUGUUGGUACAAUAUAGUAGCAGAUAUGUUGAUGAAAGUAAUUGCAGAUGAGGAAAGAGUUCAGCAACGAGAAAUAAUCAAAUCCUUAAGUAGUGAUAACAUAAAAAGAAUGAAUGAAAAAAUUUGUGAUCAGAGAAACAAAUCAGUAGAAAAACCAUCUCAUUUGGCCAGGAAAAACAACUUGAAUACAAUAAUAAAAGAAAAAAAAAUAAGAUGUGUUCCUUAUUCACAAUUUAGACCAAAGGAGAAUUAUUUAACAGAUCGGAAAGAAGAUCAUCCAUCACUUUUAAGACCAACUAGAGAUACCGAAUUUGAAACAAUCGAAUGUCCUGAGCUUGUUUCAAAAACUUCAAUGGAUUCUAAACUUAAUGAUAUUUCUUCUUUAACAAAAAAUUAUGAGACUUAUGAAUCACCAUUUUUAAAAUGUCCAUUAUGUGGUUGGGAAGAUAUAAAAAAUAAGGAAAUUGAAAACUCAAAAAAAAAUUAUAUUCCUUGUUCUGCAUAUAAUAAAGAUAUUUUUGGAAUUUAUACUAAUUGUGCUGGAUGUGACAAAGUUACACGUGAUAAUCUGCCUUAUCAAUCUCUGGGCAACCAUGAUCUAUCGAUCUAUUGUUCAAAAAAAGAUGUGAAUUUUUGUGGAGAUUCCGAAAUUUUACGGGAAUUACCAAAAUAUACAUCUAAUGAAAAUUUAAUAACAAAAUCUAAAUCAACAUCAGUAGAAUAUGUAAAAGAAAAACAAAAAACAUAUACAAAUGCAGAAGUACAAUAUGAUACUGAUUCUAAAAAGAGUUCAAAACAUGAUAUAGAAACACCAAUGCAAAUAAAUAUUCCCGUAAUGACAAAUAAAUUGCAGUUUGAUACCAUAAAAGCUUCUACUCAUUUAAAAAUAAUUUUAUCAGAUCCAAAUAAAUCAAAACCACUCGCAAUAGAAAAUGCUUGUCAAGAUAUGAAAUUUAUACAGAGUCCAAAAUUAGAAACAUCCUCGAAAGAAACACAAGUUUUUCCUGAAAAGAUUCAUCAAUCCAAAAAAAUCGAUAUAGAUACUAAUACGAUCAAUUAUAUUGAUAAAGAAGUGCAGAAUACAGUUUCUACAAGUCGAAUAAAAAAAUGUGUUUCACUUCAAACUUUGAAUCAAAUUGAUCAAAAACAAAAUCAAACUGAUAAAUAUAAGAAAAGUUCUACAGAAUCAAAAGAAGUAUUAGUAAAUAUUAUAGAUCAAAUUUCGAAAGGAAUACAAACUACUAUUUUUGUAUCACGAGGAAAUUUAACUUGUCAUAUAUCUUUACAAAACAUGAAAGAAACUGGUACUACUAUGUCCAUACAUCAAAUUCGUAAUAUUGGUUGUGUAACAAAAGAAAGUAAACAAUUUAAAUCGAACUUUGUACAAUGCGUUUCUAAAGAAAAAUUUCCAUCUUUAAUUCAAUCCAAGUCGUGUAAUUCUGUAACAUAUAUUCAAAAGGAUUGGAAUACGGAUUUGAAACAUUGUGUAAAAAAGAAAAGUCAAGAAUCUGAAGAUUCAUGUUUAAUAAACACGUGUCCAAAAAAUAUAUUACAUCUUUGUAAAGAAGAUCCUUCCGUGAUGUCACUUUUACAACAACUUUUGCAGAAUAUAUUAUUCAUACACGAAGAGAAAACGCAAUGUGGGAAAUUAAAAAAACAAAUCGAUUUUCCAGAUGAUUAUAAAUAUUAUCCGAAAGAGAACUGUUUAAUCAAUCCAACAAAAAUGGUGUCAGCAAUCAAAAGUCAUAUCAUGAUGUUAGAAUUGAAAGAUAUCAAGGAACUGAAAGAAUCCUAUCAGAAAUUAGGUACAAAAUCGUUUUCUCAAGGAGUUCAAAAAAAACCUAGUUUAAAAAAAAUUGACACCUCUAUCUGUAACAAUAAAUUGAUAAUGACUGAAGAAAUAUUUGUGCCAAUAUUUCGAUCUACGAUUACAAAACAGGAUGAAAAACAAAAAAUAAUGGACAAGAAAAAAAAGUUUUUAAUGACAGAUAAGAAUGUUUGCACUUAUUUGAAUUGCAAGGAUAUUGGUAUUAAUGGAUCGUUUCAUCGUGACAUACAAAUUCAAAGUGAUUCUCAAUUGUUCAAAGAUUCUGCAUGCUUAGCAAGAGAUAUAAGACAAAGAGUAAACGUAGGUGUUCAAAAACGGGAUCCUAUACUGGUUCGAGUGAUCAAAUGCAAUGAAAAUCAAGCAAUAGUAAGAUCGGAUAAAGAAACUAUGAUGACAGAUAUGAAUUAUGAAAAGAAAUAUAUAAGUAAACGAAUAGAAACAUGUGGUCGAUCUACUUGUAUUCCAUCUACUAUUUGUAAAAAAUUGAGCGAAACUAAUUUGAAUUGUGCUCUUUACAAGGAACGUGCAAAUCAAAUAAUCGAUAAUUAUUAUAAACAAUCAUUUAAGAAUAAUAUAUGCGAUAUAAAUUGUAAAAAUAACAUGCUCUAUGACUGGACUAAUGUAACAAAUAAUGUUGUUAAUUCGAAAAUUCCGAUGUGUAUAAGAUCGCAGAAAUAUAUGUAUGCAAGAAAUAAAUAAUUAAAUAUUAGAAUUAAUUUUACGUACAUAUUAA